GUCUCGUAUGGCGUGUUUGCAGUCUCCAGAUGUCUGCCAAGUCACAGACGUCCAAACUCAUCUUGUGUCUCGAGUAUGUUGAUCGAGCUAGAUUCGACCUAGUGAUCGGCUCCGCGGUCGGCUUUGAGGAACAUCGAAACUAGCGUGCUGCGGGCCAGUUUGAAACAUCGUCUUCAUGCAGGCUUAAGUCGUUGGCUCAGAUCAGAACCUACGAAAUUCACGGCAACCAAGUUGAAAAGCUGAGAGAACAAGCAAAGCUAUGGCAGACGAGAAACACAAGAUCCCAUCAGCACCCGCCGAAGGCUCCGCUGACAGAGGCGAAGAGCCGCCGCCUGCCUACGACGACUCAGCCCCAGGCCCGUCGUCUCGCCCAUCAGCAACCUCCUCUCAGCAGCAACCCGAGGGACCAUCGCCCAAGGACCCCUUCAACUUCCCUCAGGGCGAGAGCCUCCCCUCAUACACGGAAUCCACCCCGUUCAACAAGCCCAUAGCCGUCCCGCAGUCCCGCCCAGACGCAGCAGCGCCUUUCAUACCGGCCUAUGCCCCAGCCCUGCUCACCCGCGGCGUCACCCCGGAGACAUGGCACGCCUUCGUCACGACCGUCUCCGCCUUCCUAACCGCCAACGUCUCGUCCAAGGCCCUCGCCCACGCGGGCGACAUGGCCAAGCACCUAGGUUCGACGCCGGCCUCGUUCGGAAAGAACGUCGCGCGGAACGCCAAGACGGUGGGCAGUCACGUCCGCGACGAGGCGAAGCGGGGCAACGUCGUCGGCGCGGCGUUUGGCGCGGUGGGCGGCGCCAUCUCUCUGACGCUCGGCACCGUGUUCGGGGCGGUCGGGGCCGCCACGGCCAUGCCGAUCACCGCGAUUGGGGCUGUUGCGAAGAAGCCCAAGACGCCGAGGGAGAGGGCGGCUGCGUAUGUGGUUGUUGCGAACAAGGACUGGUUGAACUCGAGGGGGCUGAUCGCGUCGAUCCUCGACACGCAGGAGCUGUGCCGGGCCGUCGUGGUUGACGACGUGCGGGAGCUGAUCGAACAGGCCGGGCAGGGCAAGGAUGGCACUGCGGCCGGUCAGCUCCAGAGCCUCGAGAGGUACUUUUGUGAGUUGAAGGUUGGUGGGACGGAGACACUGGAACUGGGGCCAAAGACGCUUUGGUUGGUAGUAAAUCAAUUACUAGUAUGAUAGGGACUUCAGGUCGUCAUUAUUCACGGUCGAACACAACUGGGGUACUUGGUACGGCAUCAACUUGGGUUGGAAAAGUCCUGUCACUGCAAUUCUGCCAGUUUUCGAUGGAGGCUAGAG